UUCUACAAAUUCCACCAGACAAAAUACAUAAUUCACCGGUAAUUUGGAUUCUGUAAUGGUUUGCAACAAAUGUCAAUCUCAAAUAUUUCAACCUUUUCUUUUGAGGAUUGGAAUUCGAAAAUUAUCUCCGCGCCUUUUGUUUCCCCUCAUUAGAUGUCUCGUUAACUCAUGUUCUGCUUGGAUGCUUAUUCAAAUUACGCUCGAGUUGGUUCUCAAGAAGCGAUCUGCGAUUGUCCUCAUUUGCGUAUUUUGCUUGUGUUCUUUUGUGUGGCUCCUCCUUUUGCUCCGUUUGUACCCUGUAGGGGUCAAAAACUAGCUGGUUUUUUGGUUUUCCUUCAUUUGCUUUUGUAAAAGUAGGUUCUUUAUGAGUUAAUGGGGUUUAUGAUGAGAGCGACGAAACAAUACUCUCUCACUUGUCUGCUGGAACUUUCAAAAGACUUCUUUCUUUUUCUUCAAUUUCUGCCUGGCUCUUCUCCAUUUUCUGGUCUUCGAAUUUUUGUCUAAUAAGCAGUUUGCUUUUUGUUUCCUUUGUGGCUUUCUUAAAAUUUUAGCCUAGGAAAUUGACUUUACUGUAGCUUUUACUCCAUUUUGAACUUGGAACUUUUCGUAAAAGUAUUUGCAAUUUGCUUUUGGUUUCUAAUAUCGCCAUCACCUUCUACUUGAAGUAUUGGCUCCAGGUUUUUGUCAAAAAAUAACUUGCGAAAUUGCUUUCCUUCCGCCUUUUAUUUUGGACUUUCUUGAUCUUUGUACCAGUAAGCUCAAGUAUAAAAUUAUUAUUAGACCUAAAGCAGAUUGAAGGCCUUUUCUGUCUUCAGGGAUCGCUGUAGUUGUUUCCUUGGAUAGAUGAAUGCCCUCCAGGCUCUCGUUCUUUAGGAGAGGAAACUAAAUGACUCUGAAUCUUUCCUUUCGGUUAAGUUACUCCUGGAAUAACCAUCCUAGUGUUGUUAGAGAGAUUCAUUUCCAGGAAACAGGCAGGUGCAGAAACAGACAACUUUUUACAUUCUAGUUCUUGCAGUGCUAGUUCAAUGGACUAAUAUUCGGCUGCGAUUGAGUUUGGGUGAAGAGGGUUUGCAUGAGCUGUUGGAACUCUAAAAAGGAAACUAUUAGCAGAAAAGAUGUCAGGAGUACUUGAAUCAAAAAGACGGUCACCUAGUGUUAUUGCUAGAUUGAUGGGUGUUGAUGGUCUUCCACCUCAGCAGUCUACUCAUAAACAAAAUAGGACCUCUGGGACUUAUGAACAAAGGGAAGCUUCAGUAGAAGGAGCUCAAAGAAGCGACAGCUGGAGGUCAUUUAGGAAGACCUCAAAGGAGGAGCAGGAAUUUAAAGAUGUAUACGAAGUUCUAGACUCAUCAAACAAGGAGAGCAGUUGUCACUCAUCACGGGGUGCUUCAAACUCAAAGCUCUCCGAGGCUGACAUGGCAUUUGUUCGCCAGAAGUUCAUGGAUGCUAAACGCCUUGCAACUGAUGAAAAACUUCAGGAUUCACAGGAGUUUCAUGAUGCAAUUGAGCUGCUUGUGUCAAACAAGGAUCUCCUUCUGAAAUUUCUUCAACAACCAAAUUCAUUGUUUACAAAGCAUCUGCAUGAUUUGCAAGGCUCCUCUCCUCCUCGUAUGACUCCUCAAUUUCAUUGUGGUCGCAUAUCAGCUAUGAAAUCGUCACAUGACCGGGUAAAUGAAAACAUUGAUCUGGGCUGCAAAACAGAGAGAAAAGCUACAAGAAAGAGUCGAUCUAAAUCUGCUCAGAAGCAUCGUGAUGGUUUCCUUGGUAAACCUUGCAAUACAAGUACUGCUAUUAAUAUGCUUAAAUCAUCAAAAGUUUGUUUAGAAGGAAAUGAUGACUCUACUAAACUUCCAGCAAGGAUUGUUGUUUUGAAGCCAAACCUAGGGAAUAUACAGAAUUCUGCUAGAACUGCUGGGUCACCUCGUUUUCCUCAUGCUUUUCUUCAAGAUUGUAGUUCAAACAUUGAACUCACGACCAUCAAUAACAGAGACUCUGAAUUGUGGGCAAAGAAAACCUUACCUGAUGUCAUGGGCCGUUGGAGGCACGAGUCUAGAGAAAUCUCCAGAAAGAUGAAAACUGAUGAUUCGAGGUUCAAAACUAAAGGAUAUGCUGGAGAUGAGAGUUCUCCCAACACAUCUGAGAAUGAAUCUGCAUAUGAAUCAGGAGUGAGAACAUUGAUCGCCAGACCCAUCAAUUCAAGUGCCAGGAGGUCUUCAUCGUCCCGUUCGACCAAAUCAUCUGUCAGCCAGGAAGCCAGGAGGAGACUGUCUGAGAGGUGGAAAUUGACUCAUAAUUCUCAAGAAUUAGGAUUGAGUAGAAGGGGUAGCACACUGGCUGAGAUGCUUGCUAGUCCUGAUUGUGAAGAAAUGCCAGCAAAUUUGGAUACAAUUAUCGGUGAAGAAGGAUUCAGUGGCAGUGAUAGGCUGGAAGAGUGGGUUGAACCUUUGGGUAUUAGCAGUAGGGAUGGCUGGAAGGUUGCAUCUAUGACUAGUCUAUCAAGUUCUAGAUUAAGAUCCCUUCAUGCUCCAUCUAUUUCUUUUGGAAGCCCCAAGACACCUGAGGCAGUAGUGCACCGUCAAUCUUUCCGUAGUGACAGGUAUUUGAUGCCGAAGAAGCCCUUGAAUCGGGAAAGAGACAAGGUAGUACGAGAUAAUUUUGAUCAGAGAGAUUGGUCAGCUUCUAGAAAGUCAAGAUCCAAUGUGAAGAAAUCUCAAGUUUCUUCCUCCACUUUGAAGGAGAGUAAUGACACUGCUCCUUGUGUGAAUAUGUGUGAAUAUGAAUCAAAAGGCCAUUUCAGGGACGAUGCCUCAUUUGAAUGUGAUUGUGUGGAUUCUGACAAACCAAUUAGUUUUGUUGGAGAUGAAAAUUAUGUUCAUAAUCAUGUAGUGAAUGUGGAAAUAGAAAAUAAAACAUGGCUUCUCAACAUCCUAGCCAAGAGAUGCUGACAAUUAUGUUGGUGGAAGGUGUACAUUCAACUGAAAAUCUAAAUAGUUUAAGUUCCCAGGAACCACUAAACUUGCGCACAGAGGAAGGCUUAGUCAACUUGCAACACUUUGAAGCAGAAAUACAAACUCCGUCAAGCUCCAAGGAGGCUGAUCAGCCCAGUCCAGUAUCAGUUCUGGAAGCCCCUUUUCUGGAUGAUCUGUCGUCAGCCUCCGAAUGCUUUGAGAGUCUCAGUGCGGACCUACACGGUAACAUGAAAAUCUGAUUGUGUUGAUUAACCCUGUAGUUGAGCCUCCCUUGGACUUUAUAUUUAGACAAUAAUUAAGACAAUUCCUCAACCCAGUGUAACACUGGGAAACUAGACUGUUGCAGAGUUAGGUAGAUUGUGAGAUGAUAUACGGUCAGAUGCAUAGGUAUGCUUCUCGUCUUCCAUUGCUUGUGGUUUGACUGUAUUAAUUAAUGAAUGAGACCCUUUUCAUCUACCACAUGUGGCGUAUGCUUAGCAAAUUUGGGGAAUGGGUUCCAUUCCUCUGAAUAUACUUCUUAUACAUGGAUUGGAAUGUAUAGAUGUCCAGUUAACAUUUCUCAUGCAUUUUGAUUUCCUUCAAAAGAAUUUUUUGCCAGCUUCCCCUCCUCACCAGUCCUAUCCUUUUAU